UCUUUGAAAAAAAAAGAUGUAUACGAACCGUGUGAAAUUAACAAAUGCCAAUGUUACGAUGUUUUGUUGCUUUAAAAAACAAAAACAAAAACAAAACAAUGUAUGUAGGUCCAACCUAAUACGGACAUUCCAUGUAUUAAAAGAUAUUUUACAUAGGCACAUUCGGGAGAAAAUAGGCACCGCGGAGGAGAGGGCGUGGCGGCCUUCGGGCUUCUUCCGCUUCCUCCAAGUAAGGUGGCUCCCGCAGGUGGCUCCCGCAGAAGGAGAAAUCCGGGACGCCUACUGGGCUCCGCCUAAUGGCAAGCCGACACUGGUGUUUCCGAGACCCAUUUUGCGGCUGCCGUAAAGUGCGGUGUGGUGGUCACGCCCCUUUUUGCGCCUCUUGUGACGCCGGCGCCCUGGCCGUUUUGCGCGGGAAAAGAGAGCAGUCGGGAGCUCUAGGCUGCCCCGCUGGGACCCGCUUUUCGUGUAGGCUGCCGCAAGCUCCGCACCUCUGCUGGCUAUGGGGCUGCUGGAACUGUGUGAGGAAGUGUUCGGCACCGCCGACCUUUACCGAGUGUUGGGUGUGAGGCGCGAGGCCUCAGACGACGAGGUCCGACGCGGCUACCACAAGGUGUCACUUAAAGUGCACCCGGAUCGGGUGGGUGAAGACGACAAGGAGGACGCCACCCGUCGCUUCCAGAUCCUCGGGAAGGUGUAUUCCGUUCUGAGUGACAAAGAGCAGAGAGCAGUGUACGAUGAGCAGGGAACAGUGGACGAGGAUUCUGAUGUGCUCAACCAAGAUCGGGACUGGGAGGCGUAUUGGAGGUUACUCUUUAAAAAGAUAUCUUUAGAAGACAUUCAAGCUUUCGAAAAGACAUAUAAAGGUUCCGAAGAAGAGUUGGCUGAUAUUAAACAGGCCUAUCUGGACUUCAAAGGGGACAUGGAUCAGAUCAUGGAGUCUGUGCUUUGUGUGCAGUACACAGAGGAACCCAGGAUAAGGAACAUUAUUCAACAAGCCAUUGACGCUGGAGAGGUCCCAUCCUAUAAUGCAUUUGUCAAAGAAUCGAAGCAAAAGAUGAAUGCUAGGAAAAGGAGGGCUCAGGAAGAAGCUAAAGAAGCAGAAAUGAGCAGGAAGGAGUUGGGACUUGAUAGAGAAGAUAACUUGAAAGCAGUCAUUCAGAGCAGACAAAAGGAUCGGCAAAAGGAAAUGGACAAUUUUCUGGCUCAGAUGGAAGCAAAGUACUGCAAACCUUCCAAACGAGGAGGAAGAAAAACAGCUCUCAAGAAAGAAAAGAAAUGAUGGAAUUUUCUCGUCAGAAGUUAUUAGGUGUUAGCUGAUGGCAUUGUAGGCAAGGUACAGUCAAGAACUGAAGAAAAAGUCAAUUCAACCCUUGAGAAAAGUUGUCUUUCCCGGCUAAAUUAUUCAGAUUAAGUACAUAACCCAGAGUCACUCGACCUGAUCUUAGUAUAUCCUAGAAUCUUCUGGUAUUCCGUGAAGUCCUCCUAUGAAGGAAUUUGGUGGUGAUCAUUGAGGUGAGAGGGAGAGGUUGUUAUACUUCUGACGGCUCUUGCUUCUGUGGAUCUUCUGUACAAGGAACUUUACCUAGAAUGUGGGUCUGUCCAUACUUCCUUUACCAGCUGUCAUAUUGCCACACAAGAGUGAGCUGCAGAGUAUCCAGAGUGGUGUGGGUGAUUACUAGGACAGGUAUUCCACCUAGCAAGAAUGACUUCAGAACACUUGCUGGACAUCGGUCUUCCAAAUACUUGGCAGUUUGCUUUUGGUCUUAAUAUUCUUAAACAGAUCCUCUCUCUCUUUCUCUCGCGUUCUUUGUUUCACUCAACCAGGUUUUGUACCCUUUGCUUGAAGUAU